AUGGUCUGGGUCCAGAUGAGUCUGAAGAAUGAAAUGACACAUAACACUCAUGUUACUGUAACAGUAGUAGCAACAGCAGCAGGCUAUCUCGAAACUGGUUUUGAGACUAAUAAGCGCAUAUACCCCAAACCAAGACUCACGUUCCUAUCAGAGAAAUCUCUCCUUAUUGUCAAAAUGGCCCUGCCCCUCCAUGAAAUUGGCAUUACAUUCCUGGGAUCUGAAUUAUCUCUCAUGGGAGGUGUUCCUUUCGACAAAUGUCUCAUCACUGUCAUUGUAGACACCAACUGCGAGUGUGCUCUUUCGCAGGACAAGGACAACCUCCAUGAGAAAUUCAAGUUUGAGGUUACGUCAAAUCCUGAAGUAGAGUUGGUCGUCAAGCUCAAAGUUGACAAUGGAGGUGGUUAUCAAUCACCAGAACCUACCUCCGACACCUAUAAAAUUUUAGUGGCCCCCAAAUUCAAUAUGGACUCUAAGACCCUCGUACCCUCGGCCGAGUCCCACCUCUCAUUAGAUGACUUCACCCAUCUCAUGGAUACCUCAGCACCCCCCUCAUCCGUCAUUGUCACAGGCCAUACGUGGUGUUGCAUCAAUGCUGUCCGUUACCAGAUCUGGGUUCGAGGGAACACCCUGAUUGACAUAGAUGUCGAUGACGGUCCCAAUGUCGCACAUGGAACACUGUUUCCACAAAUUGACAUGGACAACGUCAACAACAUGAUCAAGAGGGGCCUAAGCAGGAUGCGUGACCAACUUGCUGCUCUUUUCCAAGUGUUGGUUCCCCAGUUUGAUACCAGCCCCAUCAUGCAGCACAACAUUACCUUCCCCGUCUCUCUUGACUGGGAUCACUGUUGCGAGAAUUUCAUAGUCGCAGCCAAGGAAACUGCACAUGCAUGGUACAUAGAGUGGUACCAUUCUGAGUUGGACAGAGGGGUAAAGCAUAGCCUCUCUGAUCACGACUCGGACUCAAACUACAUAUACAGCAGCACAUCACAAGGUGAUGAUAGCUCCAAUGAUGACAGACCUUCCUCUAACACUUGCAUGAGGAAAAAACAGAGGACCGAUGGAGAGUCUGUCACAAUCUAG